CAUAGAGACAGAAAGUGCUGCAGAGCAUCGAGGGAGGAAAGAUGAAUAAUGAAACCUACACUGGGAAACUAGCACAGAUUUUGCAGAGGAGAUAUUUGAGCUGCUGCUGUUUGAACUGAGUCUUGAUGAAUGGGUACGAGUUUACUAUGUGCAGAAGAUCAUCCUGCUGUUCUGCCUGUAUAUUCAUAUAUGUGAUAGAGCACACAUGGGGCAUAUCUAUAAAAACUUCGUAGACUGAACCCAACAUCUUGUGGGAUUGAGCUGCUGAGCUUGAGGGCUAAUGACUACAGACUUGGGGACAUCUAGAUCGAUUGACAUGACAGAGAAAAUAAAGAAAAUGCUCUACACCCCAGUUUGGGGAGGAGUCUGGGGUGUUAAAAGCCCCGGAGCAGCCAUCUAACACACAGCUGUUGGUGUUUUCACACCUGGAGCAGAGAACCAAAGACUCGGAAAAAUUCAGGAGGAAUCGGAUAUGUGGAAAAUCAGAGAACUAGAGAAACAGAUGGAAGAUGCUUAUCGGGGAACCAAAAGGAAAAUGCUACCCAGCAGUUCGAGCCGGAUGCGUAGUGAUGGUUUUGAUGAAGAAAGUCAGAGAGACUAUUGGAGGCCAAGGCAUGAAGUUUCGGGGACACUAGAAGAUGAUUUUCUUAAGGCUAAGUCCUGGAACAGGAAGUUAUAUGAUUAUGAAGCUAACAUGCCAGACAGAUGGGGUCACAGUGGUUAUAAAGAGUUAUACCCUGAAGAAUUUGAAACAGACAGUAGUGAUCACCGAGAUAUUACCAAUGGACAACGAACGUCUCCACAGGUAAAAUCAACUACCCAUGAAUCUCGCAAACAUAAGAAGUCAAAGAAAUCGCACAAGAAAAAGCAGAAAAAAAGGUCACACAAAAAACAGAAGAAAAGCAAAAAGGAAGCCACAGAUGUCACAGUAGAGUCCUCAAGCGAGAUCUCAGAGGAAACGGAAGUUUGCAGCACCAGGAAAAGGAAACAGUCACAUAAGCGCAAGAAAAAAUCCAGGAAAAAGUCUCUCAAAAAGCCGGACUUGUUGACGCAAUCAGAAAGCGACAUUUCUCGGUCUGCUGAGUCGGCACCCAGCAGUUCUGAGGACAGUCUGGAAAGAGACCCUAAAAAACCCAGGACAGAGAGAGAGAAAACAGGUCACGUUCCUGUGAGCAACAGCGAGGUGCCCGGAAGGACAAACAGACGCACAAACUGGAAAGUGGCCACGGACGAAAGGUCGGCUGACAGUUCAGAGGAUGACUGAAGCAGACAGCCGCUUCCGCUUCCUGUGACAGCCUUUCCCUGCGGGCUUUGCCAGUGACUCGGUUAACCCAGGGCGCCGAGGGCAGAGGUAUCUGGUGCCAUCUGGGUACAUUCAGACGGACCGCUUUUCUAUUUUGGCCUGUUAAAACUUGAUCCCCUUUUAUUGUUCUUAGGGAAUCUGUUAUUUUUGUUAUGAAGGUUUCUUGAAAAGAUUAUUUUUUUGCAGUUAAUCAUGUUUAGUUUAGAGGACAUAUACAGCACAUUCAAACACCCAGGAAGGUGAAUCCAGACAUGGCCUGGGUACACCCCAUGGGACUGCUAAAGUUGGGGAAGGCAAGGGCUGGAUCGAGGUGGCCGAGUAAAAUGGAAACAUCCUUGUGCAAGGGCCUCCCCUUCUUUAUAGCAAGGAAGCGAAAGCUGAUGAUUGUGUGUGUCCAGUUUGGUGCUUUGACUAUUCUCUAUGUUGCCCUUACAGAUGUUCUCCAGUUUCAUGAGGAAAUGGGCCUAUGAGCUAAUCUUUUUCCUUCCUGACAUCUUUAGGUAGCUGUCAGAAGGCGGCUCCUAGGGUUCCCUCAACCAAAAGUCCUCUACUAUACAGGUUAACUGUAAAUCCUACUAUACCCCUAAAUGUGGUAAUUGUUUUAUUCAGUGGAAGUAUUCUGUUCCAUUGCUGCCUAAACGGGCUUGUGUCUGAAACCAUUUCAAGUUGUUUUAGAUCUUCAACCAAAUGGGGACACAUUACAGAUUAGCCAUGCCAAUAACGGUGCUCUGAAUGGGACUUCAGGGUUGCAACUGCCAUCUAACAGUUUUCCAUGUUCAUUUCUAGAUCUAGUAAUGAAGUUCAGAUUUUUCUUGACACUAGGUGUAAUCCAUUGUGAAAUAAAAUUGGCUUCUCAGGGAGACACCGCCUCUUCCCACGCUGCCUUUAGAUGAAAGCCCCAGGCAGAGACUACAUUUCCAAGGUCAUACCAUGAUCCCCAGCAUGGUCAUUUGUAAGGAACCAAGAUACCAUGGACAGAAGAUGGAGAGAGCACAAGUGGACUUUUUCAUUAUGGGGAGAAAAGUUCGUUCUCUCCUGGCCUCACUUCCCAUGUACAAUACAGAAAUAAUGCACUUCUGGAAGCCUAACAGUGUACAACACCAGCAGUAGAAUACAACCAACAUUCCAUGGGGUGGUCAUAUUCUGUAGUUCUCUUUACUGAACAGAUUUCUAAUAAAACACAAGUCUUAAAACAGGUUGGCUAGAGGUUUAUGAGCAGAUGCUAGAGCAUAUAUAUUUAUCUUUGGCAUUAGUGGGAGUUUAAGGGGAUAGACCAAUCUAUAAUUACUACCUCUUCACCUAGGGCAACUGCUAUAUUCUUGGGAGCAAGUGGGAUCUCUUUAAUUAUGUAUUUUUCGUGGUGCUUCUGUGCUGUAAAAAGUACUAUUCUUAUUGCAAGCACAGAUUGAGGGUAGUGGAACAAAACAUCUCCAGAAGCUUGGCUCCAUCUGGGUCAUAACCCUUUCUGCUCACCAACACCAGCAGGCCUGUCUCCUCAACUAAUGACAUUUUGCCUAUUUUCACCAUGUAUGGGCAAUAAAGCCAUCUUGUUCCUCACCUAGCUCAAUCCUCUGAUAGUUCUAGCCCCUUAAGUACGGCCUACAACGGCUCUGCAUCAUCUAAGCUCUCUCAUUUGUCCGACCAAGCUUAGGACAGUUAUUCUAGUGCUUCUACUAGUCAGAGUUCUCUAACAUUCCAAUCCUAACAUGGGAUUUAAAACAGACUUGGAGAAUUCACAUUUAUUAAAUAACUGAUGAGAUACAAUCUGGAGUUUGGGAAUUUCAAAUAAAUUUUAUGUUUUGAA